UUUAGUAUAUUUUAUUUAUUUUUCGUUGAGAAAAUAAUUCUUUUUUAAUGUAAUAUGGCUGUUACAUUAUCAGAAAUAGCAAAAUUGUUUGAAGGCAAUAAAAAAGAAUUCGAAUUGAUGUUAAAACAAUAGGAAAAAGUUUUUAUCGACAUUAAAACUUUAAAGUAUUUAAUGGCAGAUUAGAAAAAGUUGAAAAAGGUAUAGAAGAAUUGAAGCAUAGUUUAAAUUUUCAUGAAGAACUAAUCGAUGAAAAAGUUAUGAAAGCAAAUGUUUUCAGUAAAGAAGACAAUUCAGAAAUUACACGCAUACAAAAAAAGUUAAGGGAGAUAGAAGAUCGAUCGAGACGUAAUAAUUUAAGAGUGGAUGGAAUUAAUGAAAAAGAAGGUGAAAGCUGGGAGGAAAGCGAACUUAAGAACACACUGCAUUGUCUUCAUUUUUUUGUCUCUCAAGACUCUUGUAGGUGCUUCAAUUAAAGAAGGUUUAUCAAAAUCAAAUAUAUCACCAAGUAAAUCAAGUAUUUCACCAAGUAAAUCAAAUAUAUCACCAAGUAAAUCAAAUAUAUCACCAAGUAAAUCAAGUAUUUCACUAAGUAAAUCAAUUUUUAUUAAGCAAGAUCAACUAACAGGUCCAGUAAAAUCAAGUAAAAUGCCAGAAUUUUCGAAAACAAUGCCAAAACUUUUGCUAAGUCAUUCAAAAUUAACCGAACCAAUUGGUCCAGCGAAAAUGAGCAAGAUGCCAGAUUUUUCAAAAUCAAUGCCAAAAGUCAUGCCAAGUCAAACAAAAUUUGUUCCACUUAAUUCAAAACCAACUGAACCAAUAGGUCCAGCAAAAGUGAGCAAGAUGCCAGAUUUUUCAAAAUCAAUGCCAAAAAUCAUGCCAAGUCAAACAAAAUUUAUUUCAUUUAAUUCAAAACCAACUGAACCAAUUGGUCCUUCUAAAGUAAUUCAUUCAGCCAUUUUAAAGUCAUCUGAACCAACAGGUCCAGGAAAGUCAAUAAAACUAUCAGCUUCAUAUAAAGCAUGAACUCAAUCAAUUUUCGAUAAAGUUUGUAUAUAUUUUGCGCGUUGGAACACAAUUGUAAUCUGGUUGGCUGGCUAAAUUGAUCGUUUUAAUGUUUUAUUGUAAAUGUUCUAUUAUUUGUUUUAGAAAAAUUAUUUAUCGUU